CGUGACCGUCAACAUUUAACACAAGCUUAUCUAUGUGACGGCAUUAUCUGCCGAUUGAUACCAAAAACAUGUCAUCGACGCCGAGUAACUCGAAGGGAAUGUCUGUGUCUUCAUUAAUGUCUCAAAAACUGGAGAAAAAGGAUGCUGAUUCCGGUGGAGAAGAUAGGAAGAGAUCGAGUCCUAUGGAAGACAAUGAGAGUGGAGACAGUCAGACAGAUGGCAGACGGACUAGUCGACGCAAGAAGGCACGGAAGGUGGAGUAUCGUGAGAUGGAUGAGCAGCUAGCACACUUGUCAGAUGAAGAGUACUACUCUGACAGUGACAAGAAGGAAAAGCCGCCGGUCAUACCUGAGAGGCCUCGACCCCCAGAGCAUGAACCAGAGGAGGACAGUGAGAAUGAUGACCCAAUUGUUCAUAUGGGCCUGGAGGGUGCUGCUUUUCAGAGUCGUCUCCCCUUUGACAAAAUGACAUCUCAGGAAGCCUCCUGUUUUCCUGACAUACUUCAGGGACCCCCGCAAGCACAGAAAGUCUUCUUGUACAUCAGAAAUAGAUUUCUUCAGCUGUGGUUGGAGAAUCCCAAACAGCAACUCACUCUUGAGAACGCACUCCCCUUGAUUGAGCCACCAUACAACAGUGAUGGCCCUCUGGUUAUGCGAGUACAUGCUUUCCUGGAGAGAUAUGGUUACAUAAACUUUGGUGUCUUCAAGAGACUCAAACCUUUCCCAGCCAAGAAGCAUGGGCGUGUGAUCAUCAUUGGGGCUGGCAUAGCGGGGCUUACAGCAGCUAGACAACUCAUGGCUUUUGGUAUGGAUGUGGUAAUUCUGGAAGCAAGAGAUCGAGUUGGUGGACGGGUGGCCACAUUCAGGAAAGGAAACUAUGUGGCAGAUCUUGGGGCAAUGGUUGUCACUGGAUUAGGUGGCAAUCCGAUUACUGUAUUGAGUAAGCAGGUCAACAUGGAGCUCCACAAAAUAAAGCAGAAAUGUCCUCUGUAUGAGAGCAAUGGUGGUACUCUGAGCACUACAGUACCCAAAGAGAAAGACGAAAUGGUUGAGCGAGAAUUCAACCGUUUGUUGGAAGCCACGUCCUACCUGUCUCAUCAGAUGGACUUCAACUUUAUAGGAGGCAAACCUGUGGCCUUGGGGCAUGCUCUGGAAGCUGUUAUCAGAUUACAAGAGAAGCAUGUGAAAGAAAAACAGUGUGAACACCAGCGUAAUAUUAUCAGCUUACAGGACAAACUUAAAAAGAAUCAACAGCAGAUGAUAAACUUAAAAGAUAAGGUGUGUGAGUUGAACAAGCAGUGGAGAGAGGCGUCAGAAGUCAAGCCUCCGCGUGAUAUUACAGCUGAGUUCCUGGUGAAGAGUAAACUGCGAGAUCUGACAGCUGCCUGCAAGGAGUAUGAUCAGUUAGUGACACAGCAGAAGGAGAUAGAAGAGAAACUACAUGAGCUUGAGUCUUCUCCUCCCAGUGAUGUGUACUUGUCCUCCCGAGACAGACAGAUCCUGGACUGGCACUUUGCCAACUUGGAAUUUGCCAAUGCCACACCCCUCUCCAUGUUGUCCCUGAAACACUGGGACCAGGAUGAUGACUUUGAGUUCUCAGGCAGUCAUUUGACAGUGCGAAAUGGUUACUCUUGUGUCCCUGUGGCCCUGUCAGAAGGUCUGGACAUCAAACUGAGCACAGCCGUGCGCCAGGUGCGAUACAACCCUAAUGGUGUUGAGAUUGUGACGACGCAUGCCCGCAAUAACAGCAACCCCCUCACCUAUAAAGGUGAUGCCGUGUUGUGCACCCUGCCCCUGGGGGUACUGAAGGAGUGUGUGAGGGGUGGAGGAAUCAACAGCGUCCAGUUCCUACCUCCCUUACCGGAGUGGAAAACUUCAGCUGUGCAGAGAAUGGGAUUUGGAAACCUAAAUAAGGUUGUGCUAUGUUUUGACCGUAUCUUCUGGGACCCUAACUCUAACCUGUUUGGUCAUGUGGGCAGCACGACAGCCAGCCGGGGGGAACUAUUUCUGUUCUGGAAUCUGUACAAGGCACCUGUCUUACUUGCCCUGGUGGCUGGGGAAGCAGCGGCCAUCAUGGAGAACGUCAGCGAUGAUGUCAUCGUGGGCCGCUCCAUCGCUGUCCUCAAGAGUAUUUUCGGCAACAAUGCUGUACCACAGCCCAAGGAUACACUGGUGACACGCUGGAGAGCUGACCCCUGGUCAAGAGGAUCGUAUUCAUUUGUAGCGGCUGGAUCCUCAGGGAAUGACUAUGAUCUGAUGUCCACGCCUGUCCCACCCAACCCUAGUGUCUCUGGUGCUCCCCCUCAACCUGGAAACUUACCACGCCUAUUUUUUGCUGGGGAACACACGAUACGUAACUACCCAGCCACUGUCCAUGGGGCGUUACUGAGCGGUCUACGAGAGGCAGGCCGCAUCGCUGACCAAUUCCUGGGUGCUCCUUACGCUCUACCCUCCAGACCAGCACCACAACAACAGACUGCGCCCCCUGUUGUCAAUUUGACAUAAUCCUGUUUAUUUGUUAUAUUUCUUAUUCAUUUUUCCACAUAUCCAUUCAUCAACUCAGAUGAAUAACUUAAUUUUUUCAGUAAACUAUCAUCUUUGUUCAGGUUAUUCAUUUGAAGCGAAAUCCCUUUUCUAUAACAAAAAAUAGGAAAGAUAGUGAACAUAUUGUGUAAUAACAUGUAAAAUCUCACUGUAAAGCCUGAUGUGGCCUUACAUGAAUUUCAUGCCCCAUCUCACUUACUGGACAUUCUUCACCUACAUUCACACAAUUCAGCACAUACUGAUGAGAGGAAGGAAUCAUGGAGGAAUUAUUGCCAGACUGUUGAGAAAUCCAUCAACUGAACUCAUGGCAAAUUAUAAUAUGGCAUACAUAGGCCAGGGUCCUGGUAUUCAUGCAACUUUCUGAAUUUUGGGG